GUUUUGAACCAAUAGAUGGCGUUGCCUACUCUUUUGUUUUUGGCUAUUCUAAUGUUUACUUUUUGUUUUGUUGUUAUUAAAGAAUAUGAAUCCUAACCCCUCUGUCGCUUUUUUAUAUGGUGCCGAAAACCCCAAGAAUUGAUUGCAAAUAUUUAUUACUGAUUGAAAAUAUUUAUUACUGAAGAGGGGUUCGUUUGAAUUUGAUCUUGAACUUUAUAUUGAAAUUAUUUCUUCGUUCUUUAUUCGAUAAUUUAUUCUGAAUUCGAGAAUGUCUGCUGAACUUUCAAAACGGAAGCAGAAAAGAGGUGCGGUCAGAGCAUCUACGACUAGAUUGUUCGGCGAAAUCGAACAUGAAAUAAAAAAUGAAAUUCCGAACAUUGAAACUUUAGAUGAAUUAUUGGCUAAACUUAUUGAAAAGGAAUCUUUAUUGAAGGAACUGGAUUUGAAAAUUGAAGAUU